AUGACGAAACCAAAAUCCAAAAAACAAGCUUUAAUUGGGAACUUUUUCAAAAGAAAAUUCGAAGAAAUUAAUGAUAAUGAGUCAAGUCCGAAUGUUGGUAAUGAUAUCCAAGCAAAUGAUGACGUUGAUGCAAGUCCGAAUGUUGAUAAUGAGAAUAUCCAAGCAAAUGACGACGUUGAUGCAAGUCCGAAUGUUGAUAAUGAUAAUCCUACAACUUCAAUUCCAACAACACGAGGUAUUAUUGAUUUGAAUGAUCUUCCUUCGGAUCCACAUGAUAGGCCACCUAUUACUAGUUAUCACCCAAAUCAAAUAGAUGACAUAAGAAGGUCAUAUCUUGUUAAAGGGGCUUUUCAACCUCGUAGUCAUAAGUUUCCCGUUAAAGACUGUUAUGGAAAAAAAAGACGUUUUGUUGUUAGUUGGUUUAAUGAUUGUAGUUGGUUAGAGUAUAGUAUCAAAGCAGACAAAGUAUAUUGUUUAUAUUGUUACUUGUUUAAAGAAGAUGUUGGUAAUCAAGGCGGAAGAGAUACAUGGUCUUCUAGUUCUAAAGGCUUUUGUGAUUGGAGUAAAAAGGGGUCAUUAAAGGAACAUGUCGGGAAUGUUGAUAGUCAUCAUUUAAAGGCGGCACAAAAAUGUCAUAAUCUCAUGAAUCAAAAGAAACAUAUGGAUGAGAAUAUGAAGAAGUUGACUAAAGAAGAAAUGAUUGCAAACUAUUAUCGAUUACUUGGUUCCGUUUUGAGUGCUAGAUUUUGUUUAGAAAACUCUUUACCCUUUCGUGGCCAUGAUGAGUCGGAAGAAUCUAAUUCUCAAGGUAUGUUUCUUUCGGUGUUAAACUUGAUUAGUACUAACCACCCGGAAAUUGGAAAGUACACAUUAGGGAACGCAAAAAAGAACAAUAAACUGACAUCGCCAAAGAUUCAAAAGGAGAUUAUUGAAUGCUUUUCAAAGGAAGUAACAAAAAGCAUUUGUGCAGAAAUUAAAGAUGAUGUGUUUGGAUUGUUGGUAGAUGAAUCUAGUGAUGUUUCUUUAAAGGAGCAAAUGGCUGUAGUUGUUAGAUUUGUUGAUAAACUUGGGGCUGUUAGAGAGAGUUUAAUCGGAAUUGUUCAUGUGAAAGACACGACUUCUAUAACUCUUAAAGAAGCCAUUGAUGAUUUAUUAGCAAGCAACCAGUUAAGCGUAAAGCAAGUGAGAGGGCAAGGUUAUGAUGGCGCAAGCAACAUGCGGGGAGAAUUUAAUGGAUUAAAAGCGUUGAUUUUGAAAGAUAACCCGUCAGCACAUUACAUCCACUGUUUUGCUCAUCAACUUCAGUUGGUUAUUGUGGCUGUUGCAAAAAAACAUAGCGGUGUCAAAACUUUCUAUGAGUUCCUUUCCAUGGUCGUCACUACGGUUUCAGCUUCUUGCAAACGAAAAGAUAUGUUAAGGGAGGAAAAAAAGGCUAGAGUGGAAAAAGAAUUACUUGAAGGUGAAAUUAAAACGGGUAAAGGAUUAAACCAAGAGGUUUCCCUAGCACGACCCGGUGAUACGCGAUGGGGUUCACAUCAUAGAACCAUAAUCAGUUUGCUUAGAUUGUUUCCGGAAGUUGUGACCGUACUCCAAUAUGUUAAAGAAGAUGGAGAUUGCAGUCAACAACGAACAAAUGCAAAAGGUAUUCUAUCGUAUUUUAAAAAACUCGAGUUUGUUUUUUAUAUGCAUUUGAUGGGAGAUAUAUUAAGUUACACAAAUGCUCUUUCAAAACACCUUCAACAAAAAGGUAAAGAUUUAUUAGAAGCGGCCAACUUGAUAAAUGGUACAAAACGAGCAUUAAAUGCUUUAAGACAAAAUGGGUUUGAGCCGAUGUUGGAAAAAGUGACUUCCUUUUGUAAAAAAUAUAACAUUACAAUGUUGGACAUGUCGGAAAGUUAUGGUAACCCAAGAAACCGAAAGAAUGUCAUUACAAAUCGACAUCAUUUUGAGGUUGACAUUUUUAAUGAGGUUUUAGACAUGCAAAUUCAAGAAUUAGGAAGUCGAUUUAGUGAGGUAACAACUACUUUGAUAAAAAAUAUGUCGGGUUUAAAUCCUUCUAACGGUUUUUCUAAGUUUGAUCCAUCGAAGAUAUUGGCGUUUGCUAAGAUGUACCCGGAUGAUUUUACUACACAAGAAAUAGGGACUCUUUUGGGUGAUAUUGAGUCAUUUCGUCACACAAUAAGCGAUGAUGAUAACUUUGACAACUUGAAUGGAAUAAGUGAUCUUGCGCGUCUUAUGGUUGAAACGGGAACGCAUAUUUCUUGUCCUAUAGUUUAUCGGGAUUGCACGUUUGUUUCAAGUAUUCGUGUAUUAGCAAUUUUAUGGGGGCGGUGCCAAAACAUAGGGGUCACUCGAGAUUUUCACGUACUUAUAACAAUAAACAAAAUUUUGUUAAGAGGGACGCCCACCACCCCUCUUUAG